AUGGGUUGUUCAUAAGUUAAGACUAAAUAGCCAAUCUCGCUAAACCUUAUAUAAUCAAAAUCCUAUGAAGCAAUGACUCAAUCUAAUUUUUAACAGGACAAUCAUAAAUUUAAUAUUAUGAAGAAUCCCAUUAUCAAAAGAAGAACAGAAAAAAGAAAUAAAAUGUCCUAAACCACAGCUUGUACUCCAACUUUAAUUUCCUCAUGA